CAGACCUACACCAAUGCGAUCGGAUACCUGGGUAUUCCAAAGCACCUAACGGAAGAUGAUAGAAGUAGUGUACAUUGUUCGGCAUGCAUUUCGCGGGAACUGGACAGUAGAUCACCAGACCGGAAAGUACACAUCAUUGUUACAUAGGACACCGACUGGAAUUCCGACAGACCCUCCGUUAACGUCGAAGGGGGUGGAGCAGUCAAAGGAGCUUGCAGAAUAUCUGUGCAACAUAGAGCCCCCGAUUGAUAGGAUCUACUCGAGCCCCUUCUACAGAUGUCUGCAGACUAUCAAGCCAACGACUGAUAGACUGUUCGAGGAGGGUAAGGCGCAGGGGAAAAUCAGGAUCGACCGGGGGAUCGGGGAAUUCUUUGGACGCGCCACCUGGGACCAUCCAACACCACCAGAUUUGACACUCCUGACACUUCAUUUUGAAAACCUUGAUCAGGAUCAUGUUUCCCUACAUCUCCCAUCGUCAAAAGGCGAGAUGAUUCUUGAACUCCAUGACCGGGUCAGAAACGCACUGGACCAUAUCAUUACGACACUUGACAACGACGCCGAACAACCAAAGACCGUUCUGCUGUGCACCCAUGCUGCCACGAUGAUAGCCGCUGGUCGAGUAUUGACAGGCCAGAUGCCGGAUGAUCCCGAUGAAGACGACUUCAAGUGCUAUACGGCAGGACUGUCCAAGUUUGUUCGAAGGAGUGUAGACCCUGCAAAGGGCGUGCCAGGCAAUUGGGAUUGUGUCCUGAACUCCGAGACGUCGUACCUCUCUGGAGGUGCAGAGAGAGGAUGGCAUUUCAACGGCGACGAGAGUUUUGUGGCAUUUCCAGACAACCCGUUGGGGGAGACCGACACAUCGAAGCUCUAAAGAACGUGCGGACAAGACAUAUAUACACAAGCUGUGGUGUCGCACAGAUCUGCAGAUGCACGCAUCAUCCCUUGCUGGAGGCGUUCAAGGCUGAUGCAAGGGAUCGUCCGACAUAUUGACAGUGCAUUACAUGGAAAGUAUAUUCCCUAGCAGGAGACGCACAUACGAUAUAGACAAUCCUUGUUAAUAGUAUAUAUAUAUGCACA